AUGUUUUCCUUACAUCUAUUUGUCUGUCUGUCUGUCUGUCUGUCUCAGUCUGUUCAUAUCUAUCUAUCUAUCUAUCUAUCUAUCUUUAUAUAUGUCUGUCUAUCUGUCACACUUUAUUCAUAUCUAUCUAUCUAUCUCAUUCUGAUUAUAUCUAUCUAUCUGUCUGUCUCACGCUGUUCAUAUCGAACUAUCUAUGUUCUUCUCACAUCUAUUUAUCUAUCUCAUUCUCUUCAUAUCUCUCUCUCUAUCUAUCUAUCUAUCUAUCAUUUUGUUCAUAUCUAUGUCCUCCUCUUAUCUAUCUAUCUAUCUAUCUCUAUAUAUAUCCAUCUGUCUUUCAUUUUGUUCAUAUCCAACUAUCUAUAUUUUCCUCAUAUCUAUCUAUCUAUCUAUCUAUCUAUCUAUCUAUCUAUCUAUCUGACUCAGCCUGUUCAUAUCUAUCUGCCUCAGUCUGUUUACAUCUAUCUAUCUAUCUAUCUAUCUCCAUCAUAUAUCAGAACGAGUGGCGGGCGUGAGAUCGUCGCCUUCGAGAGAAAUAAAACGGCGUGUCUAGCAAUCUCUCUCUCUCUCUCUCUCUCUCUCUCUCUCUCUCUCUCUCUCUCUCUCUCUCUCUCUCUCUCAUUAAAUGGCAUAAAUGCAAAGAGUCGUGACGUUUAUAUCUAA